GCGUUCAUUUACUCCUCCUCCUCCUCCUCCCGGGUUUCUUUCCCUCGAGCCCCGCCUCGGGCCAGCAGCGGCACACCUGGAGCGCGGAGCGGCAGCAGGUAAAGGUGAGGAGGACGUCGGUGUCAAUUACGGCGCGUGAGGAAGACGCAGACAGGGCGGAGGAGGUGGCGGUCGUGGUUGGAGGCUCCCCGACUCUGAAAAAUUGAGACACGAAAACCUCCCCGUGGAGAUAAAGAGGCAGCAUGGGUGAGGCACCAGUCAGAGAAGAUGGCACAGUGACCCGAUCAGCAGAGUAUGUGGGCUCAUUUCCUGUGGACGACCGCUGCUUGGAUGACCAGAUAGAGCAACUGCACGCUCAGCUGAAGUGCCUGAAAGCGUGCAGAAGGAGGAGGCCCGUAUCCAUAAAAUUCUCCAUCAAAGGUGUGAAAAUGUAUGAUGAGGACGAAACGACGCUCCUGAUGGCUCAUGCUCUGCGUCGAGUCUCCCUGUCCACCGCCCGGCCCGUCGAUGCCCAGUUUGCCUUCGUCUCCCACAACCCGGGCAGCUCUGACGCACAACUGUACUGCCAUGUCUUUCAAGCUCGGCACGCCAGAGCGGCACAGUUCCUGAACCUGCUGCUUUGCCGCUGUUUCCAGCUGUCGUACAUAGAGAAGCACCCAGAGGAGGCCCAGGAAGUGUCUGCUGGUGCGCUGCCUCGUCGCAGCCCCUCCCUGCUCAACCACGGCUUCCCUCUCAGUGUCAGCGCCCUGGUGUCCUUCAGACGAGCCCCUUUUCAAGGGUUUUUGCCGGGGACUAAGAAGAAGAGUCAAAAGUCUCCUGACGACCCGCACAGCAGCCAAGAUGAGGUCUUCCCCACCUCCUCCCCCUCCCUGGUGCGCAAGAAAGCCAUCCGCACUAAAGCCCUGCGCUCUGGGGCUUACCGCUCCUUCACGUUCACGCCGCUCAAACAGCGAGGCGUUCAGGAGCGACUCAGUGCGUCACAAGCAGGAAAGGAUCAAGACAAGACACCAGCGAGGAGAUCCCGUGCUCCAAGCUUGGCCGAAACCGAAGAAGCACUGGCUCAAGCGGUGUGGUGCUGGGCCGGUAUCGCAACUGACAGCAGCUAUUCCCUGCUGGCAGACGAUGUUCUGGGAUCGUACCUCCUGUGCCCACAUCCUAAAAAAAACAAAUGUGGCUCCCUCAUCAUUCGCUUCCCCUCCGGUCUGAUCACCCACCUCAUAGAAAACACUUGGAAAGGGAAAUUCCUGCUGGAGAAAUGCAAGACUGAGUUCAGUUCCAUUGCAGAACUGAUCGAGCACUUCACAGAGGUCCGGGACGAGCUGCCGUGUCUGCUGAGCUGUGCCCGGGUGAACCACUGCUACGAGUGGGAGGAGAACAUCAGCAAACAGCAGGCUGUAAAGCCUCGCAAGAGCCUGACCAAAGCCAAAGUGAAAAGUACCCACAGGAAGGAAUGGGUUUAAACCCCCGGACACCGGCACGUGUGGACUGCCAGCCUUCUAAACAAGUGACACCUUUUGGUUUAUUUCUUUUGCACAAAUAUAAUCUCUUACUUUUAUAUGACAUUUGGUGUUUUGGGAAUGUUUCACAAACUGUAUAACACAAUGCACCUAUGAACAGUGUUGGCACUUAAUAGUCUAUGAGUCAUUUCAUCAAAGGGUACUUAUAUGUCAAAGGUUUGAUAUUUUGUGUUUGCUGCUUUUAUGUUUUUCAAUAUAUUUUUCUAAAAAUAUUUUUAUUUGUGUCUAUAAGGCAUCAGUCAGUUUAUUAGUGUUUUUAAGAUGUGAAAUUAACAACCUGAAACUGGAAUUGAUGGUGCAGAUUGUUGCACCUGGCAAAGCCAAGAUGUUGCACAAAUAUUUUGUUUCAUUGCAUUUUAAUCUUUCCUAAAUGUUACUCUUUGUGUGUUUAUAUGUAAGCAGUAACGGUAUACAUGAUGAUGAUGUGUCCUGGUAUAAGAAAAUAUGACCGUGACACUAAAUAUUUUCUAUAUCUUGACACCUCGGUGUGUUAGUGCGCUUAUAUCCUCAACGUUUGUGUGCUGUCAGACUAACUCACUUGCGUUUGUUUUAGUGGUCAUUUUAACAGGUAGUGUUUUGUGCAGUUUAAUAUAUACCUUGCACACGGAUUGUGGCAGUGGUAUGGAGUAUUAGGUCUGCCUUGGGGUUUUGGUUAUUAUAACGGAGUGUAAUAUUGUUUUCCAGUCCAAAUACCUAAUUUAGGCACUUUGUACCAUCUUUUCCGCGUUAGGCCAACGAACACUUUUCAUGUUGUUCACCCCUGUUUGAGAUUAAAUGACAGGUGUUUUCAACCCACACCCUGGAAAAGUUUUAUUUUCCUUCCUUUAUGACUCUGUGCAAAAACAUCACCUGCAGCUUAGCUACUGAAGUAGCACAGAUAUCACUUUGAUGCUAAUAAUGGAGGUUAGUCUGUACACAGUAUUAAAUCUCAGGGCCGAACUCCACAUGGGGGUGCUUAAUGUGUACCUAGGGUCAGAAGAGAUUGCUACACUGAUAUAUACUCAGGUGCCAGUUUAUUAGGUACACCAAGCUAAAGCUAAUGCAGUCUAAAACUACAGUCUGAUACCUUGGAUAGGAUGGUUGUAAUUCUCAGUUAUUGUUGAAACUAUUACAGCGACCAUUUUGGAGGAUGUAGUCUGUCAUGCUGUUGAACUGUUUUACAUUAUACAGAGGUGUGUUUCUGUUAUUUAACCUACCCCCAUGGUUAUAUAUUGGGUGGACAAAAUAAGAGAAACACCUAUCAUCAUAAUACCAUACAAUUCUACUGCACCACAAAUGUAGCCUCGAAAAUGACCAUA